CUAUAAAGUAGGAGUAUGGUGGAAUUUGGGUGCUGUGGUAGUCUUCUUCUCUAUAAACCAAAGACAAAGAGUGUGAAUUGACAUGAACAUGAAGAUGAAGAGUAGUAAUUCAAUAUUGGGGUGUUCUCAUUUGAUGAUGUUGAUGAAGAACAAUUUGCCUUAUAUAUGCAUGGUGAUGUGCAAUAUUGUAUACGCAGGGAUGGUCUUGUUCUCAAAAGCUGUAAUUUCUAAAGGAAUGAACCCUUAUAUCUUUGGUGCUUAUCGUCAAGCUUUUGCCACUCUUGCCUUGGCCCCUUUUGCUUUCUACCUUGAAAGAAAGAACUCUGCUCCGCUAUCAUGCAGCAUACUCUGCAAGAUCUUGGUUUCAUUGAUUGGGAUUACACUGUGCCUAAAUCUCUGGAAUAUUUCACUUAGUUACAUCCCAGCAACAUUUGCUUCUUCCACUUCUAAUGCAAUUCCUGCUAUUACCUUUAUCAUGGCCAUUCUUUUAAGGUACAUCAAGAAAUAUAAUCCUAAAUAA